GCUGCAAGUACCCGGUAGCUGUGUUACUGGAGUGUAGUAAGUGGUAAGGUAGAAAGUUCUAAACAAGCCCAGAGGAAAAAAGGGAAAGAAAAAUAAUGAACUAAUAUUUCAUAGUAUAUAGAUAGAGUAUAUCAGAGUAUAGAGUUGUAUUAGUAUUAGUAUAGACUAUAGACUUAGUUUAACUUAGUUAAACCCAAAUUAAAAAAUAUACUACUAUUCAUUAGUCAUUAGUAAUUUAACAUUAAAUUAUUAAUUGAUGUUAGAAAUUGCUGGCCACUGAUAAUAAUAUAUUUAAUAUUGGUUAUUCAUUUUUGUAAAGAUCUUGAUCUUCGUCAGCCUCUUCAUCAUUAUCUCCUGAAAUGAAAUAACAAAAGUAAAAACAAAAGAAAAAAAAAAUGCAAGUGCAAGAGAGAAUGUGAUUUUUUUUUAUCUCUGUUGACUUUGAAUUGCUGUUUUAUAUUAGACGAUGUUCAGCAAGCUACCACCAAAGCAUUUAGACUUCAUUGAGUGUCUUCCACAUUGUUUCAUAGUCAUACAUUUUUAAAGUUUGUAGAAGUUUGUUUCCUGACAAAGCGUUUCUUGAAAUAUGAACCGGCGCUUGCGCUCUGCCAGCCAUCCCAUGGUAUUGUUUAUUUAACAUUAUUACAAGCAAUUAUUAGUCUGCAAACAUACAAAAUUUGAAGAAAAAAAUUACAUCACCAAUUAUUGGUGGCUACUACUACUAGGUUGGAGCCAAACACUUUCUAACGAAAAGUAUUCUAUUUUUAAUUUGGGACUGCUGUUCUGAGGAGUGCCCUGAUGGAUACUAUUUAUUUAGUAGACCCACUUGCCACUCUCACUGCCUACCUGUAACUGUAACUGUAGUAACAAUCAUAAAAAACUCAUUAAAAUGCUGUUUGAAUUACAAUAGUGGGCUGCAAUAUUAUAUAGUAAGUCUAAUGAGUAAAACUAGUCCAGUAAAUAAAUUUAUAGGCCUUCUUUCAACCACUUCUCAGACCUCAGCCUCAAUCCUUCUCAGCCUCAAUCCUUCUCAAGGCCUCCUCAGUGACUCAACUUCACGGAUUAAAGUUGAGAUUGGAUUGAACAGUUCUGGUAAAUCCAUAUUUUACCCUGACCCUAGAUUAGUCUACCAGAAAACUGAAAGAAUGAAAUUGGGUAGGCUUCUGCAUGCCAUUAAGAAUUUACAUAUGUGAUAUAGCCCUAUACCUGGCCCAGGGUAAAUAUCCACAUAAGCUACAAUUACAAUGUAACAAAAGAAAAUGACAAUAACAGUCAAUGUACUAUUUUAUUGUAUUUAUUUACAGCCUCAAUUCCAGCUGUGAUGAUUGAACUGAAACAAUGAUUACCCAAGAUUUGAUGAUAUUAAUUGGAGGUUGUUUUAUUUCGGCCUUGACAUUUCUAAUAAUACUAGUUAUGCUCAAAGUUUUAAAAAAAGAAACUCUUUUGGGAUUUUCAAUAUUCACCCAGCUUGGAGAUGAGCAGAAAAGAAAACCUUCAGCAUCUUUGGAUUUAAAUUCACAAUCUUCAAAUGGAUCAUCAGUUAAUAUGAGAUCAUGUCUUUCACCAGAAUGCAUUAGAUGUUCAAAAAACAUUGAAGUACUCAAAACAGCACUAACACGGCUAAGUUACUGUGCUGAAAAUGAUACUUCUAUUAAGAAUGAUAUUGAAAAUUUGUCAUUGGACCUAAGAAAGUCUCUUAAUAGCUUGAAAUCAUCAAAGGAUGUAUCCCAGAAAAUUGGCACAGAAAUGAAAGAUAUUAAAAUCUCGACACCUAUUGUAUUUAAAAUGUCAGGGUUGAGGGAAGAAGAGCUUUGGUCAGAAAAUGAGUUUCCCGCCUUACACAUUUUGGAUUAUUAUUUUAAAGAUAUUUAUAGAGAAUUUUUUAAUUUGUAUGAAAACCAUAAAAGUCCUAUUAGUUGGAAAACUAAUACAACUGCAGCCGGUAAAUGGGAAAUAGCUCAACUGAUUGAUCAAGGCAGAGUAAGUAAAGCUCUAGAUCUUUGUCCUAAAACAUCAGAAGCUUUAAAGAAAAUACCAUAUUUUAUGGAGGACAAUAUUUUUGGAGGAGCAUCUUUUUCAGUGGUUCAUCCAGGCACUGACAUAGCUACUCAUUGUGGCUCUUCAAAUUGUAGAAUCAGAUGUCAUCUUGGUGAGUUUUAAUUUCAUAACUAUUAGAAAGCUAAUUCAUAAGAUAAUACAUUUUAACUUAAGCAUAUGACAACUGAUGUGAUUAGGUUGCAUUUGUAGCAAUUUAUAAUGUAUUGUGUUUUUAAAUUUUUCCCCAAAAAUGUCAUUAGCGGCCAGCCAUAUAUUAUGCAAAACAAAAGUCAUAUUGUCAUACAAGCAAGUGAACGAUUUCUCCGCAGAAAUGGAAUUUUCUUUUAGUCCCCUGAACAAAGUCUCUUACAGUACAAUCCCUUGAUAAUCAUUUGUAUGCUUACCAGAUGUCUUCACGCUAUUGACCUUGGAGGGAUAGUACGGUAACCGGACAGACUCACAUCUGCAUGUCUUGUACCUCCUAAUAUGACGUUGACUAGAAAAAAAAUACAAACUUUGAGUAACAUGUUCUGAAUACAUUAAUAAAAUAUAUUACUAGGAGUUUAACCCCCCAUUGUUAACCAACCCCAGUGAUGCUGCUGUUUUAUAUAUGUCUAAUGGGUGCUCAUUAGCCGCAGGAUUUUUAUUUUGACCCCACUUGGGAUAAUUUACCUCUGUUUGUCGACCUCUUCUACGAAACUGUGGUAUACAAAUAGAACAGAUGCUUUGUCAGUUCUACCAACUGAUUAUCUUUUAACUACCAGUUACAAUCUUUUAAAAUAUCAAAACUGUCCACUGCCAGUUACGAUCUUGUAAAAUAUUAAAGUUCAACUGAUGCUCUUGAACUUAUCAAUUAUAAUGUCAACCUGACCUUGGAAUAAGGAGCAGGUUGAAAUAAAUCUUCAUAACAUAAACAAUAACCGGUUUAAAACAAGAUUCCGAAAACCAUUACUUGUCUCGUCGUCGCCCCCCACCCAACCAAAGCACAAAAUAAUAAUAAAAUAAAUAAAUUUACCUUCCUAGUUUUUUCAGACUGUGGGAUCAUGUGAGAUUAUUGCCGUUGGGUUAGUCUUUUUUUAGGGGAUAAUUCUAAUUGGUUGUUCCUCUGUUAUAAUAUAUGAAAUAAUCGCCUUCUCCCUAAAGAAAAAAAAAAUUUAAACCUUUUUUAGCCGAGUUCAACCGCUACGAAUGACGCUCGCUGCAUGACAGCUUUUUUUUCCCCACUCAGUACUAUUAAUAUAAAACAUGUUGAGUAGGGCAGGGCCGGGCCGGUUGUAAAAAGGAAGUAGGAAAUACCACAAUCAAAAUAUAUAUAAAAGAUUAUAAGGACUAUCCACAUAGCUCCUGUUUACCCCCCCCCCUCUCUUAGUGCCAGCAGUGACUACCCGAACGACUUAAAUAAAAAUAAGCUUUAAAAAAUUGCCCAUUCCAAUUUAAUUAUGAAAUUCUUGUUUUCACCCCCUUUUUGAGGCUGCCACUGGCUGUUUGGAUUAGUGACAAUUGAAGUAUAUACUAAUAAUAAUAAGCUUUUUUUUUUUUAUCUGUGUUAACUGACCAUCUUUUGUUCAGCCGAAAAUUUUUAAAGUUUUUUUACACAAGAAAUGUAGACUAAAGGUGUCUCUUAGGCUAAAGAGAUAUUUAAGUUAUAAUGCUGUGAUAUUUUGAUUGAUUUUUUAUGGACUAGAUAAUUAUUUAUGCAUUAACAGUUCAUACACAUUAUGCCCUCCCCCCCCUCCCCCCUCUUUCCCCCAUUUGCACCCAAAUGCAAAACCUAAAGCAGUAUGUACUUAAUAUAUGGAUGGUCCCUUACUUUUUUUCCCCUAAAUGUUAAAAACAUUCUAAUUUAAUUAUUUAUAUAUUUGAAUAUUUCAUUUUUCUUGUAUUUAUUACAGGGCUAAAAGUUCCAAAAAAUGAGUGUUUUCUUGUGGUUGGUGAUAAAACUUGCCACUGGGAAGAAAGAAAGGUUAUAUGUUUCAAUGAUGCUUUCCCACAUUCAGUCCAUCACUCUGGACCAGAUGACAGUGGCAUUAGAGCUGUAUUCAUGUUUGAUAUAUGGCAUCCUGAUAUUACUGAGUCACAAAAAAAACUUUUAAACUUUACCUUCAGCACGUAAACUCCCUGACCGGGAAAUAUAAAUUUAAGUUUCUUUUUCAAAAACCGCAUUCUGAUAAUUGCAUUUUUUAAACUCAUUCAGUGGAGUUACUAGGUUUGGCAUAGCCCAGAGCAGGCCAAAAAUUUUGCACAUCCCCCUUUUCAAUGGAACUGCAUUUGGCUGAAAAUGCAACUCCUCUUCAUUAAGAAACAAGUUCUGCUUGUUUCAGACCUCCCCCUCCCCCCUUUUUGGAACCCCAAACCUUCCUACGCCACUGGAAUUAUUGCUUUGAUUGUAACCUUUUAUUUAAGGGACACCAUUAUUAUUAUGUAUACACUGGAGAGAAUUGGGGGGGGGGGGGGUUAGUUUUGGUCAGUUUAAAAU